UCUCGAGUAAGAGAAGAUACAAUAGUAACAGAGUCAUAUGGACAAACAGAAACAGUCGCGGUAUGUAUAUCCACAAAGCCCGAUACUCCGAUUGGCAGUUGCGGCUCGCCAGUUCCUGGAUGCUUAAUUAAAUUAGUGCAUCCAGAUACUGAUGAAGAAAUACAGGAACCUUACCAGUCUGGUGAAUUACUGUACAAAGGUCAUCUAUUCACGGAAUACUACAACGAUCCUGAAAAAACGGCAAAAGCUUUCACCCCCGACGGAUGGUUUCGAACCGGUGACAUGCUUUACAGAGACGAGAAAGACAACUAUUAUUUCGUGGAACGUCUCAAGAUGCUCAUCAAAUGGAGAGUGUAUCAUGUCGUUCCAGGUGAAAUUGAAGAGGUGAUUGUUAGGCACCCUGGCGUUUUGGAAGUGUGCGUGACCAGCCUUGAACAUGCAAUGGACGGCGAGUGGCCAGUCGCUUGCGUCGUGCGUCGCCCAGGCAGUACCGUUACCGCUCAAGAGAUCGAAACGCUUGUUACUGGGCCUUUCUUCACCCCUAGUCCAGAGGUGUUACUAGCAAACGUUCACAGCCAUUUCGUAGCAGAGUUCCCUGUGAAAGUGCUCAUCCAGGGAACUGCCACCUUCCCUAUUUCUGCCGCCAAGCAGUGA